AGUAAUUCAGAUGGAAAAACGCCGAGGACCCCCACCGUGCCAAUCCGGAUCCGGAUGUUCCAAUCCAGCGAAAAUCCGAAAAGCCAAGGACGGAGCACAGCUGUGUGGACCCUGUUUCAGCAGGAAUUUCGAGGACGAUGUGCACGAGGCGAUUGUGAACAAUAAACUGUUCAAGCGAGGAGAACGUGUUGCAAUCGGAGCAUCCGGCGGAAAAGACUCCACCGUCCUGGCAUACGUCAUGAAAACUCUCAACGACCGACACGACUACGGGCUCGAUCUUCAGCUUCUCUCAAUCGACGAAGGCAUCAAAGGCUAUCGAGACGAUUCCCUGCUUGCCGUGGAGAAGAAUCGUGUAGAAUAUGGGCUCCCACUGACAAUUCUUAGCUAUCGUGACCUGUACGGUUGGACUAUGGACGAUAUCGUGGCGAAAAUCGGGAAAAAGAAUAAUUGCACAUUUUGUGGAGUAUUCAGAAGACAGGCUCUAGAUCGAGGAGCCUUUAAAAUCGGAGCCACCAAACUUGUUACAGGACAUAAUGCAGAUGAUAUGGCAGAGACCUUACUCAUGAAUGUGCUCCGUGGUGAUAUUGCUCGGCUGGAGCGGUGCACGAAUAUUGUCACCGGAGAGGAAGGUGAUUUGCCACGUGCCAAACCUCUGAAAUACUGUUUUGAAAGGGAUAUUGUGAUGUAUGCGAGAACAAAUCAAUUGGAAUAUUUCUAUACGGAAUGUAUCUACGCACCGAAUGCCUAUCGAGGAUAUGCGAGGAAAUAUGUUCGGGAUCUUGAGAAAGUUCAUCCGAGGGCGAUUCUUGACUUGAUUCGGAGUGGAGAGAAGGUUUCCGUGAAGAAGGAGGUCGAAAUGCCGACGUUGAAAAUUUGUGAGAGGUGUGGUUACAUGACGAGCCAAAAGCUGUGCAAAGCGUGUCUACUCAUCGAGGGUCUCAACACUGGAAACACCGACUUGGGAGUCAGAAAAUCGAAAAAAUCAAAGAAGGUUACGGUAGAAGCGGAUGAAUUGAAUAAGGAGGGUGGCUGUGGAAGUGGUGGUGGUGGUGGAGGAUGUGGAUGUGCUGGAGCAGAAGAUGCAGCUGAAAAUGAGGAGACCAGACAGCGACUCAAGGAUUUGCAGUUUUAAAUUUUCUAAAAAAAAUUGUUGAUUAAUUUUUUUCACCAUUGCAACCCCGUGAUAUUUCUUGUUCUAGCUCGUUUUUGUUUCGAUUUUUUGUUUCUUUCCUUGUUACAAAAGUUAAAUUAAAAAUAAUGCACUUAAA